AUGUCUUCAGCUGUACCAGUUCAAACGCCAAAUGCUGCACAAAAUUUGGAUCAAAAUGAACUUUAUUCAAUUGGUUCUAACUUUUGGAAUGUUCGUGGUCGUUUUAAAAUUUUAAAAUUUAUUGAUAUUGAAACGCAAAUGUCCAUAGUAAAGUUACAAAAUGGGAAUUUUCUAGUUAUUGAUACAGUUGAGAUGAACGAUCGCCUUCGACAAGAAAUCGAUCAUUUAACAAAUAAUGGAGAAAAGAUUGAAGCUGUUAUUGGUACUCAUCCAUUUCAUACAUUAUCGUUUCCAGCUUUUUAUCAAACAUAUCCUAAAGCAAAUUAUUAUGGAACACCAAGACAUUUACGUCGAAUAACAGAAAUUCCAUGGAAAGGAAGUCUUGAUGAUAGUAAUGUCAGAAAAAAAUGGGAACCAGAUGUUGAAAUGCGUAUUCCAGCAGGAGCUGAAUUUAUUAAUCCUCAGCCUGAAUCAACAAAUCAUUUUAUAAGUGUUUUUGUUUAUCAUCCAGCAUCUCGUACUCUUCAUGUAGAUGAUACAAUUAUGUAUGCUGAAAAGCCAGGAUUUUUACUUAAAUUAUUUGGUUAUAAAGAUGGUGCAGUGGCAUUUCAUCCCUCGAUUAAAAGUUCUGGCCUGUAUCCAACAAGUGAUGCGCCAUAUUUAUUUCGUGAUUGGAUGCGUAAUAUGCUACGAGAUUGGCCUUUCGAAAAUAUUUGUUGUGCACAUAUCGGUGUGAAAAUGGGCGGAGCACAUGCUGAUGUUACCACAUUACUUAAUAAUGCUGAGCCUUUAUUUGCUAAACUUAGUGAAAGAAAUCGAAAAUAG